AUGGACCCGCUCAUGUCGAUCUCUCCCGCGGAGCUGUACAACCACCGGCGAGGGAAUCGGACGUACAGAGGCUACACUAUACCCCUGUCGGUGGGUGACGCUCAGGAGAAGCUGCUUCCAGCGGCCCCGAGCAUCGGAUCGGCCAACCGCGAAGGCCUGAUGGAGAUUUUCUGGUCGCCCUUCACCCUGCUUCUGGUCUUCGUACCGCUGGGCGUGGCGUCCGACGCCUUGGAGUGGGGGGAUGGCUGGACCUUCGUUCUGAACUUCAUCGCCCUGCUGCCUUUGGCGAAGUUGCUGGGCGAUGCCACUGAGGAGCUGGCGGUGGCUUUGAAGAAUGAUGCGGUGGCCGGGAUGCUGAACGCCACCUUUGGCAACGUGGUGGAGAUGAUGAUCACGGUCAACACCCUCCGAGCUCGGAAGAUGCCAGUGGCUGAGCGCACCAAUGUGGUCAAGUGCACACUGCUGGGGUCGAUUCUGUCCAACCUCUUGCUCGUGCUGGGCAUGUCCUUCUGCUUCGGAGGCCUCACCGAGGUGAAGGUGCAAGCAGCGGCUUCAAUUGUAGAAGGGGAGAAAGAGCAGAAGUUCGCCAUGAAAGGCGUGAAUAUGAGCAUGGGUCUGCUGACCUUCUGCUGUAUGUCCUUCGCUCUUCCCACCCUCUUUGCACAAGGAUACCAGGACAACAUGAAGGACCUGCUUGACGUGUCCCACAACGGGGCCUUGCUGGUUGCCUCAGCCUACGUUGCCUUCCUCUUCUUCCAGCUGGUCUCUCACAAGCACACCUUGGACAAAGACGAGGGGAGACUGACGAAGGACCAUGGCACCGAAGAUUCGGAGGAUCGCCCUCCCCUCUCCAUUUGGCUUUCGAUCCUGAUGAUGGUUGUCAUAACAGUGAUCACUGAUAAAAUCUCCGACUACCUCUGCGAAUCGAUCCACGGGGUGACGGGCAGUGUGAACCUGGACUUUUUGGGGACCAUCUUGCUGCCAAUUGCUGGCAACGCCUGUGAGCACCUGGGGGCCGUGAGAUUUGCGAUGGACGACAAGCCCGGAUUGGCCGUUGGCAUUGCCGUCGGCUCCUCGACCCAAGUGGCCCUGUUCGUGGUGCCCUUCGCGGUGAUCGUCGGCUGGAUACUGGACGUGCCCAUGACGCUGGACUUUGGGCUGAUCAACACGGCGGUGAUCUUUUUUUCGGUGCUGCUGGUCACGGUGCUGAUGGCGGAUGGGAGGUCGCACUGGCUGAAGGGCUACUUGCUGAUGCUGGCGUACACCUUCAUUGCGGUACUUUUCUGGAAUUUGCCGCCGAAGAUGAGCUGA